AUGACAGCCUACAAUAUGAUUGCUGAGGCGGAUUCCGACGAUGAAUGUAGGCUCUGGGUUCGAAAGCUCAUUAACGCCAGAGACGACGUCGUCGCCUUCGUUGAUUCCCGGCUAGACGGUCAAGGGACCGGAAAGUACCUCGGCUUCUUCAAAGGCUCUUUCAAUUUCAGCUUUCACAUCGGCUUUGGAGAAGGGAAGCCGAGUGUCCUCAUACGCGUUGCGAAGCCCGGCCACACCUUUACCGCCUGGCGGGACGAAAAAGUCAAGAAUGAAGUACGGGUGAUCGAGUACCUCCGGGAGCAUACCACUAUUCCCUUACCUCGCGUGCGAUGCUGGGGUCUGACUGAUGAGAGGCCGGCUCAACUGGGACCCUUCAUCAUCAUGGAUUUCAUCGAAGGCGUUCGGCUAUCCACCUUUCUCAAGGAACCCUCUGAGGACGAUCAGGCAGAUCCCAUCCUAAAUCCAGCCAUCGAGGAGGCGACACUGGAGACGAUCUACGACCAGCUUGCCGAUUACAUCCUCCAAAUCUCCCAACUCGAGUUCUCAUCUAUAGGUGCCAUCUCAAAGGAUGUCAGCUCCGGCACUUGGUCCGUCACCGGAAGGCCACUCACCUUCAACAUGAACGAGCUGGCCACCAACACGGGCUACCCAGCCGACCAGUUCCCCAACGCCCCCCUCAUCCACGCAAGCGACUACUUCCACGCCCUCGCCGACCACCACCUGCUCCACCUCCGCACCCAACGAAACCUCUCCCCGUCCAACGGCGCAGCCGACGUCCAACGACGAUUCAUCGCCCGCCACCACUUCCGACAGCUCAUCCCAAAGUACUGCACCACCACCACCGGCAGCAGCGUCGGCCCCUUCACCCUCUUCCGCGACGACCUCCAACCCGCCAACAUGCUCCUCAACCCCACCACCCUCCGCAUCACAGCGCUCCUCGACUUCGAGUUCGCCUACAGCGCGCCGGCGCACUUCACACACGACCCGCCCUGGUGGCUGCUGCUGCGCGGGCCGGACCUGUGGCUGGAUAAGCAUGGUGGUUUGGACCAGUUCCUGGAACGGUAUGUGCCGCGGAUGGGGCAGUUUUUGAGGGCGUUGGAGCAGGUUGAGCGGAAGGGGGAGGUUGAGGGUGAGGGUGGGGUGGGGGAGGAUGGGUUUGUUGUGGCUACGGCUAUGGGGGUGCGGGGUGGUUGUGGGAGGAGGUUGUCUGCGCGGAUGAGGGAGUCUUGGGAGACGGGGCGGUUCUGGUUUGAUUAUGCGGCGAGGACGAGCUUGGAUAUUGAUGAUGUCUACUGGGCGGCUCUGCACGAUUAUGGGGCUGAUGGGGAUGGCUUUGAGGGGUUGGAUGCGGCUACGCGGGCGGAGAUGGAGGAGCUGGUGACGCUGAAGAUGGAGCAGCGGCGGGCUUAUAAUGAGGCGUAUGACAUCAGCUUUCCGGAUGACGAGUCUGACUGA